CGGGCUUGACGGGCGGAAUCGGUCAUUUAACUCGUGUUAAGAUAACUUCAAAAAUAUAUAUUUCUAUUACUUAACAAAAUGAUUACCUAUAUUCUCUAUAGUUUACAUUUAAUUUUGUGUAUUAAUAAAGUUAGAAAUUAACAUUAAAUUUCCAGAUUGUCAAUAUUGACAAGCAGGCUACAAUGUCUAAACGUGGUGCAGAAGAUAGCGGCAACGGCAGCAGCCAGCCUCCGAUCAAAAAAGUCCAUUUUGAACCACAUCUUAUUGGUCCCGUAUCCACUCUUGAGGAAAUGGAUAUAAAAGUCUUACAGUUCCAAAAUAAAAAAUUGGCACAGAGAAUAGAGCAACGACACAGAUGUGAAGCAGAGUUGAGGGCAAGAAUAGAGCAACUAGAAAAAAGGCAAACUCAAGAUGAUGCUGUGCUGUGUGUUGUGAACCGUUAUUGGAAUCUUCUAAAUGAGGACAUCAGAGUGCUGUUACAGCGUUUUGAUGCAGAAACUGCUGAUGAAUCAGAGAACAAAAAUGAAAAUGAGGCGACUACUUCAUUCUUAAUGCAGUUAUCAACAUGGGACAAAGAAGAGUUGGAUGCUCAGCUUGCAAACCGAGUUCAAGUGAGCAAGCGGGCUGUAGCCAAAGUAUUACAAGCUUUUGAUAGACUCCAGCAAAGGAACGACAAGAUAUGGAAGGCAAUAAAAGGAGAAGGGGAAGACGGUUUGCCGCCUCCAGCGUUGGAGGCUGUGGUGUUGGCUGCCAAUGAAGAGGUGACAUCGGAAAAUCGGAAGCUGCAAGCGCAGAGCACUACGUUGCACGAGACGCACCAUGCUAUGACCCUGCGCGUCGCCCAGCUCCAGGACGCUGUCAACAGCCGCGACACAGAGAACGCUGAGCUAAAGAAUCAGAUUGAUGAUCUGCAGUAUGAACUUAUGAAAGUGCGGUCUCGGAAUGAUAAACUGGAGAACCACCUGGCCGAAGCCAUCGAGAAGCUGAAGAGCUACCACCAGUCGGGCGCGAGCUCGUCGAGUGGUGCGGGGGCUGCGGGCGGUGCGGGGGCCGCGGGGGCGGGGACGCCGCUGACGGCCGUGGCGGCCGCCAAGCUCGAGGACGUGGCGGCCGAGCUCGAGGAGCAGCGGGAGCUCGCCAACAACCGCCUGGCCGAGCUCGACAGGCUGCACCGCCAGCACAGGGACACGCUCAAGGAGGUCGAGAAACUCAAGAUGGACAUCCGGCAGCUACCGGAAUCAAUAAUAGUGGAGACAACAGAGUACAAAUGUCUACAAAGCCAGUUCUCAGUGCUAUACAAUGAGUCCAUGCAGAUGAAAACAGCGCUCGACGAGACUCGACUACAGUUGCAAAAUGCCAAAAACCUGCAUUUAAGACAGAUUGAAAUGAUGGAGAGUGAAGAGCUAUCGAGACAAAAGGCGUUACGCGCCGAGAUGAUACAAUUGGAAGAUGUGUUAGGUCAAUUGAGGAAGGAGUAUGAAAUGUUACGUAUAGAGUUUGAGCAGAACUUAGCUGCGAAUGAGCAGACGGGCCCCAUCAACAGGGAGAUGAGGCACCUAAUCACUUCACUGCAGAACCAUAACCAACAGCUGAAGGGAGAAGUGCACAGGUACAAGAGGAAAUAUAAAGAUUCAAGUCAAGAAUUAAAUAAGGCACGUAAGGAACUGGAGGAAGCGACCACCGUGGCCUCGCGCGGCGGCGACGCUCCCGAUGACAAGCCUCUCGCCGUCAAGAAGGAGGAACCCGACCCCGAGCAUGGUGAUGAAGGCGCCAGCAGCACGGGCCCUGACGUAAAGCCACCAAUCACUAAGGAGCACAACCGCGUCAAGUUGCAGGAACAGGAGCUCAUCAUCAAGGACCUCAAGCAACAGCUCAAGAAGGCAGUUAACGAGCAGAAAGAACUAAAACUACUGCUCGACAUGUACAAGGGAGUCAGUAAAGAGCAGCGUGAUAAAGUUCAACUGAUGGCUGCUGAGAGGAAGGCCCGCCAAGAACUCGAAGACCAUCGCCAGAAGGCCAAAAUGGCGCAGGAGAGUAAGCGUGAACGCCGCGUGGCGGAUGAGGAUGCCCUGCGGAAGAUCAAGCAGUUAGAAGAACAGAAGUACGAAUUGCAAAAACAGCUGUCCUGUGCCAGACCCAACGCGGACCCGCUGCACGCGUUCUCCAGGCCAUUCGCAGGCUCGCAAGAAGAAGAAGCGUUGCUAAAUGAAAUGGAAGUGACCGGUCAGGCUUUUGAAGACAUGCAGGAGCAAAACUCGCGGCUGAUUCAGCAGCUUCGAGAAAAGGACGACGCCAAUUUCAAACUUAUGUCUGAGAGAAUAAAAGCCAACUCAUUACACAAACUGCUGCGUGAGGAGAAACAACUCUUGCAAGAACAGGUAGUGACACGAGACCAGCAAAUCGAGUCCAUGGGGGCUGUCGCUCGGCGGCUGGAGGAAAAGGAACGACUGCUGCAGACGACGCUGUCGGCUGUCGAGAAAGAGCUGGUGCUGCGGCAGCAGGCCAUGGAGAUGCACAAAAGGAAGGCCAUCGAGUCUGCGCAGUCUGCUGCGGAUCUUAAACUGCAUCUUGAAAAAUAUCAUGCACAGAUGAAAGAAGCGCAACAGGUUGUUGCAGAAAAGACGAGCGCCCUGGAAGCGGAGGCGUACAAGACGAAGAGACUACACGAGGAACUUGCCAUGUUGAGGCGUAAAGCAGAGAGGAUGAAGAAAAUGGAGCAAGCCGGUAGCAGCAUGGAUGAGGUGCUCCUUGAGGAGAUCAAAGAGUACAAGGAGACUCUCACCUGUCCAUCGUGCAAAGUGAAACGAAAGGAUGCAGUGCUAACGAAAUGCUUCCACGUGUUCUGUUGGGAUUGUCUCCGCACUCGGUACGAGACGCGCCAGCGGAAGUGUCCCAAGUGCAACGCUGCCUUCGGGGCUAAUGACUACCAUCGCCUCUACCUCUCCACCUAGACUGUGAUCACACGCGCCUGUCUAUCUACACGCGGACACCCUCGUUUCGGUGUCGGUACUGUUAAUAAUUUCACUAGAUACGUGUAUUUAAUUGGUUGCAGCCAGUACACCAAAUGUAUCAAAUUAUUACUAAGAUCUAGAAGAGUUCAGAAAUGGUCUCAUUACUACUCGGCACCUACACGAAUUUAUUAUUAUUCCACAGCUAUUGUUAUAAAUAAAUGUGAAAUCGAAAUAAUAUCAUUGUCACGUCAAACAUAGUUUGACAAAGAUAUCGAUGGUAUAAUAAUUAGAUAAAAUUAAUAAAUGUAAUGUAUGUCAUAACCAUUAAUACCAGACACGUUGUGAUGUCUUUAUGUGGAAGGUGAAAGGACUAUUAUUGUUUUAGCAUCCACAGAUCUCCCACUAAGUUCUAAUUCACUUUCUGUGAUGGUAGAUGUAUAUUUUGACAUAAUUUAUUAUUGAAAUAAUAAUAAUAUUAUAUAUAAUAUUCUAUAAUUAAAUGCAUAAAUAUGCAAAGAAAAUAUCGGAUAUCACACGGGAGGAAUGCAGAGGCUGAACAAAAAGUAUGAAUAGGUUGUGAAUUGGAUUAUAUUGUAGUAUUCUAUCAGGGACAUAUAACUCUAGUAUAAAAUAUCCUCGGAAUUCAUACUGAGUUAUAAAUAUUCCAUUGUUAAAAUUAAUCGAAUUGCAAAUUAAUUUCUCAGAAAUUGUAUUAUUAAAAGUAAAUUUUGUUACGGUUUAUUUAUUGAAAUUGACUGUCGAUAAAGUCUGCAAAUAGGCUCUAAUAAUAAUUUACGCUAUCUCGAAUUACUACCUUUGGUUCAAUUUUUUUUAUAUCACUAUUGUCGUGCUUACACGGGUAUUUCAAACAUCCGUAGACUGCGGUGGCACUGCCACUCUCGUUGCAUUAAAAAAAUAGACUAUACUAAUUAUGUCGACUUGAAAACAAAAAUAAGCAUCGUGAUGACAAUUUAAUGUUGUCUUUGUUGUACAACUGCUGAUGUGAAAAAGCUUUUGACGUAGUCCUAAUAGUAUAAAUGGGCAAUUAUAUUUUUUGUUCAAUCGACGUAAGUUACGUAUUACUACACGUGACCAUUAUGUAAAUAAAAUAUUACUGUUGAAGAUAGGUAUUGACAAACAA